AUGACCAAUGCUGAAUCAUCUUCAUCAUCAUCACCACCACCAUCAUCAUCAUCAUCAUCAAUUCCUUCAUCAUCAUCAACAACAAUAGCAACGACAACAACAACAUCAUCAUCAAUAACACCCACAUCAUCAAAAUUAGGAGAUUAUGUUUCCGGUCCACAUUUAGUGACCAUUUAUAAAACGGAAACCGGUUUCGGUUUUAAUGUACGUGGACAAGUAUCUGAAGGUGGUCCAUUACGUAGUAUAAAUGGUGAAUUAUAUGCACCAUUACAACAUGUUAGUGCUGUUUUGGAAAAUGGUGCGGCUGAAAAGGCCGGUAUUCGUAAAGGUGAUCGUAUUCUUGAAGUAAACGGUGUUAAUGUUGAAGGUGCAACACAUAAACAAGUUGUCGAUCUGAUUAAAUCUAGUGGCGAUAAACUUCUCCUUACGGUUAUAUCCGUAACACCUAGGGAGGCUGAAAAAUUGGAACCAUCCGAUGAUACAAAUAAUUUUGUCUAUGAUUAUAGUGAGAAACGUUCAUUACCAAUAACAAUACCUGAUUAUAAUUGGAUUGAAAAAAAUAAUGGUGAACGUUAUUGUGUUUUUAAUAUUUAUAUGGCCGGUAGACAUCUUUGUUCAAGACGUUAUCGCGAAUUUUUAAAUCUACAUAAUAAUCUUAAACGUGAAUUUAAUGAAUUUACAUUUCCAAAAUUUCCGGGAAAAUGGCCAUUCUCAUUAUCAUAUCAGCAAUUAGAUUCACGACGUCGUGGUCUUGAAUCCUAUAUUGAAAAAGUUUGUGCCGUACGUGUUAUUGGUGAAAGUGAUAUAAUACAAGAAUUUCUUACCGAUUAUGAUGACGAACAUGGAACAAAUCAAACGCCAGUAGAUCUUAAAAUUUUAUUGCCAAACAGAACGGCCAUAACGAUUACGGUGAAAAAGAAUAGCUGUACCAAAGAUGUUUAUGAUGCCAUUAUUGAAAAGAUUAACCUUUCACCCGAAAUAGCCAGAUAUUUUGCCAUAUUUGAAAUUGUUGAACAAGGAUUUGAAAGAAAAUUACAAUCAAAUGAAUUUCCAUAUAAUUUAUAUAUACAAAAUAUACAGAAUACAAGUGCCGCAUCCACUUGUUUAAUGAUGAAAAAAUGGUUUUUUUAUUUACCAACUGAAAUCGAAUUAUGCUCAAGACAAGAUUUACUUGAAACAUUUUUCUUCUACCAAACAAUCGAAGAUGUAAAUAAAGGACAGAUUAAAGCCGGAAAUAAAUUAUAUGAAUUGAAAGCUUUACAGGAAAUUUCGAAAAAAUCUGAAUAUUUAAAAUUGGCCAGAAAAUUAGAUGGUUAUGGUGAGAUAACAUUUCCACAUUGUGCUUCCGAUGCUCGUAAAGAAGGUCAUAUUAUGUGUAUCGUUGGUUAUGAUUCAUUUAAAUUGCAAGCAUGUCAUGAAGAUGGAGCCAUCGAGAAUAAAAAAAUUGAAUUCCAAUGGGAUACCCUAAAAGAAUGGUAUGUUGAUGAUGAAGGCAUCUCAUUUGUAUUCGUUUAUAAUAAACCGGAUAAUAAAUUACGUCGUGUUCGUAUUCAUACGCCAUAUAAUAUAUUUCUAAAUGAAUGUUUUGAUAAAGUUAUGGAAGAACGUAAAUAUCAUCAACAGCAGCAAAAACAUCAACAGUCAACACCAGAUCAAUCACCAAUAAAAUCCUUGCAAUCACAAUCAUCAGUACAGCAGCAGCAAUGAAGAAUAUCAAUAACAAAAAAGAGAGAAUCCAUUUCCAUAUUUUAAACAGGUCCAAAUAAAUAAAUCUAAUAUGCAAUAUUAAUCAUCAAUCAUCAUCGAAUUCUAUAGAUUAUUAUUGUUCACCAUUAUCAUCAUCAUCAUCAUCAUCAUCA